AUGGCGCUCCCACCUGAAUAUGAGGGAGGUAUUCCUUCGUCUACUACGGAUGAUUCGUCAGAGCCAAAAAGACAUGCAGCAUGCGACGAGUGUAGAAAGCGCAAGCUCAAAUGCUCCGGAGAACCAGCGGGCUGUUCACGAUGUAACAAACAGUCACUUUCUUGCAACUAUUCCAUACAAAAACAGAUGGGCCGCCCUCCCAAGAAAAGGGCGCGGACAGAAGAUGAGGGGGCCAGUUGCCCAGCGCUAUCGUUUGCCAAAAUUUGGCCCAGUCCAGCGGACUCGCAACAAUCUUCAUUAGGGAUGAGUCCAAGCACAACGACCUUCUCAGAUGCCGACCAUCUUUGUCCGCAGUUAUUCUGGCGCCCUAGUAUGCACCCGAAUUCGCCACAGCCCCAGUCCGCAGACCAAUUGUCAGGCUAUGAAGACCAUAGCCAUACCUGGAGCCCAGGCCGUCUGAAACAGCCAAAUCUUGGUGUUCCUGCAUCAUCUUCCCCUUGGCCUGAUUUCGCGGCCAUAUCCGAAGCCACGGCCAUGCCAAUGCCAUUCCCUACCCCUCCAACCUUCCCUUCUAUGCACUCCCUCCCGCUCUCUCCUGCCACCUCCGUUUCUUCCGACUCUACAAUAUCUGGGUGUCCGUGCUUAUCAUACCUCUACCUAUCCCUCAGUCACAUGACAUCGAUCUCCUCCUUCCCCGUCAACUCCCACACCCUAUGCUCGCUAUAUAUCGCUGCACGAACUGCACGAGAUGUGAUCCGCUGCCAAGUUUGUCCCAAAUCCUUUGCAACUGGCCUUCAAAAUAUCAUGUUCAUAGGGACUUUAUUAACUGUCGUGGCGGACUCAUGGCUGCGCGUCUCACAAGCUGAUCCUGUCGAACUGGGGAUACAAUCCGCGCCUCCGGAUUUCGUGUCUGAGGCGGCCCAAAGCCCUGACCCAGCACAAGUUUGGAAAAAAUGGCUCCGCGACGUUGUUCGUCGCGCUGUCAUUGGUGGUUCCGCUGGGCCAGGUGCUAUGCUUGCUUGUUCUUGGCAGCCAGCUCUGCUAUCCAUGAUUAUGGAAAUUGAGGAUCGGCAACGCCGCUGGCAUGAACCUGGGCAACAUCCACUUGGGGAGCAUAAUCCACUUGGGGAUAGUCAUUCAGUAUCCACGUCGGACUCAGCUCACUCAGAAGAUCAAGACAAGCCCGCGGAUAAGCAGUUUUUAUGCCUCCGUGUGGUUGGGAGUGCUAGAGAGGUGAUCAAAAAAUUCAACUUUGAUCCCUCAGAAUACCCCGAGGGCGUUGAGCCGGUCACUGCGACGAAUACAGGGCACACGGGUUCGCAUCAUACAUGA